CCGAACUAGAAAAUUUAACCACCACCAGCUGACGGCACACAAGCGGAGAGCAUCCCUUUGCUCCGCUCGAUCGGGUAAUUCGCGGCUCUUCUAGCACAGCUGCGGUUAGCGGUCGGGUGCCUCCGCGACUACUCCGCGUCUAUGUUGAUGUCGAUGUAACCUCUCAUCGGCACAGAGGCAUCCUGCUCGGAACAUUGACAAACAGUUGGAGCAGAUUUUGACGCUGGGGUUGAAUCCGGGGGCCCGCAUCUCCACACAGAUGCUAGUAUGCGAGUCAGACGAGGGAUCGUCAAACUUAGUCAAGAUGCAUGGACCGCAGAUGUCGUGCGAGCAGUGCAUAUAUGAAGGUGGCGAUCCCUUGUUUGAAAGCUCAUCUGUCUGUACGAUCGUUGUUAUAGGCUUUCUCAAGAGACCUUUGGCAUCAUGGACGCUGUUCGUAGCGCCUCGGUUACUUCUGCUCGGGUUCGCACCGACGCUGCUUUCAAGAACCGCUGGCAGACUCUCUUCAGCAACCCCAAGAUUCUGAUCAUUGCCUUUUUCGCCUCCUUCGGUGGUUUCGAAUAUGGCUACCAGCAGGGUGUCUUGGGCCAGUCGCUGGUCAUGACCCGCUUCAAGGACAACUUCCCUUCCGUCGUCCAGUCAGCCUCUGCCACCGGCUGGCUCACAUCGAUCUUGCAGCUCGGAGGUAUUCUCGGUUCCCUCUCAGCAGGUGUGUUUGGCGAGGUUUUUUCUCGCAAGUACACCAUGUUCAGUGCCUGCUGCUGGGUCGUGCUUGGAUCCUAUCUCUACAUCGGAGCCUCCCACCACAACCCUGCAAUGCUGUACGCUGGCCGCUUCUUUACCGGCAUUGGUGUCGGCACCUUCUCUGGUGUCGGCCCUCUCUACAACGCUGAGAUUGCACCCCCUGAGAUCCGUGGUCUGAUCGUCUCAUUCUAUCAAUUCGCUACCAUUCUCGGCAUCAUGCUUUCGUUUUGGAUCGGCUACGGCUCGAACUACAUCGGCGGCAUCGGCGAAGGCCAGAGCAAUAUGGCAUGGAUGCUUCCCUCCAUUAUCCAGGGCAUUCCCGCGGCCAUCUUGGCCAUCGGUAUCUGGUGGCUGCCAUUCUCCCCUCGCUGGCUCAUCAAGAAGGGCCGCGACGAGGAGGGCCUCAAGACACUUUCGUACCUCCGCAAGCUCCCUCAGAACCACGAGCUAGUCCAGGUCGAAUUCCUCGAGAUUAAGGCUGAAUGUCUCUUCGAGCGCCGUUCCUUCCAGAAGAACUUCCCCAACCUCGCUGCCAAGGAAGAAGGAAGUGUAUGGGCCCGCGAGUUCGCGCAGUACUACCAGAUCUUCCGCACCUGUGAUAACUUCAAGCGUGUCUCCACCGCCUGGCUUGUCAUGUUCUUCCAGCAGUGGAGCGGUAUUGAUGCCAUCAUCUACUACGCUUCCAACGUCUUCGAAUCCGUUGGCCUUACCGGAGGCACACAGGCCCUGCUCGCCACCGGCGUUACCGGCGUGGUCUUCUUCGUCAGCACUCUCCCUGCCAUGGCCAUCAUCGACAAGGUCGGCCGCAAGCCCAUGUUGCAAGUCGGCUCCGCAGUGAUGUUGGUAUCCAUGGUGCUCGCCGGCAUCCUGGUCGCCAAAUUCCAGCACGACUGGGUCACUCACAGCAACGUUGGCUGGACUGUAGUUGCCUUCAUCUGGGUCUACAUUGCCGCUUUUGGCGCCACAUGGGGACCUUGCUCCUGGACACUGGUUAGCGAAAUUUUUCCGCUGUCUAUUCGCUCCAAGGGAGCUUCGAUCGGUGCCUCGAGUAACUGGCUUAACAACUUCGCGGUUGCGUUCUUCGUUCCACCUAUGCUCAAGGCUUGGACCUGGGGCACGUACAUCUUCUUCGCUGUCUUCCUUGCCGCUGGCAUGGUUUGGGUGCACUUCUGUCUACCAGAGACCAAGGGCGCGACUCUUGAGGAUAUGGACAAGGUCUUUGGUAGCCGCACGGGUCAGGAAGAUGCGGUUAUGCUGGCAGAGGCAAGGAGGGAGAUUGGGUUGAGCAUGAACCUUGAAACAGAGGCAAUCAAGGCAGCGAUGCAUGGAGACACAACGCACAGUGAGAAGGGCGCUACUCGUGUGGAGGAAGUGUAGACAUAUGUGAGAGGACGACAACUUGAAUUAGUACGAAGGAGCCCCAAUCAAAACUACUUUGACAUUUCUCGCUGA